GGUUAGUUAAAGGCCCGAGAAGGGAGAGUAGUGUUAUAUAUUUUUAUUUUUCAGGCUUAAGCCAAGAACUUACUGCCGCCUAGGGCUCUUUUUCAUCUCAUUUGUGCAAAGAUUAUGCUAUCAGCAAGUCACUUUCGUGACCGUGUUUUUCGGUCACAGUCUGCAGCAUGCAAUACAUCAUUAUUCUCUCAUUCUCACUCUCGGCCUGGAAAAUAUAAGCCAUGGGAUGAUGACUGUAUGCAAAAAGCUUUGCAAGCUGUAAAGCUUGAUGGAGCUAGUGUUAGAAAAGCAGCAAUGGAGUAUGGUGUGCCAAGGUCAACUCUCGGAGACCGUGUUAGUGGCAGGGUAACUCACGGCAUACUUAGUGGUCCUCCGAAGUACUUAAGUGAGGAGGAUGAAGAUGAACUGGUUAGGUUUAUUCUGGGUUGUGCGUCGGUUGGGUACCCUAAGACCAGAAAAGAAAUUCUCAGUCUCGUUCAAACACAGGUAGAAAAACCUAUCAGCCAUGGAUGGUGGGAUUCGUUUUGUAAAAGGCAUCCAAACCUAACAUUCCGAACACCAGCUCCACUCUCAAUAGCGAGAGCUACUGCUGUGGAUGAAGAUGCGAUAGGAAGGUAUUUUGACCUCCUAGAACGUACACUGGAGGAUAACGGUUUACUAGAGAAACCAUGCCAGAUCUUCAACAUGGACGAGACGGGAAUGCCUCUCAGCCCACAGUCGCCCAAGUGUGUGUUCACCCGGGGGGAGAAAAACCCAGUGAACAUUGAUGGUGGUGACAAAGCACAAAUAACUGUGGUUGCUUGUGUUAGUGCGGCGGGCUACUGCAUUCCACCCAUGGUUAUAUGGGAUCGAAAGAAACUUAGUCUGGAACUAACUGCCGGAGAGGUACCAGGAACCUUUUACGGCUUGAGUGACAAAGGGUGGAUGGACCAGGAGCUCUUUGAUGCUUGCCUCUCAUGCCAUUUUCUCCGCUAUGCUCCACCAACAAGGCCUCUCCUU